UUUGAAGAAGUAACUAGUGAUAAUUUGUUAAAAGUUAGUUUAGAUGGAACAGUUUUAGAAGGAAGUGAAUAUAGUUAUAACAAAACUGAUUAUAUUAUUCAUGAGAAUGGACAUUUCUUCUAUCUUUCAUCUACAUACUCCUGCUACUGUUGCUGUAUCAGCUAUGAAACAAGGAUUAAUGCCAAUAAGCCAGUGGGCAUUACAUUUUUA